AUGCCUCGUCCUGGGAAGAACUCCUACAGCGACCAGAAGCCUCCAUACUCCUACAUAUCACUGACAGCGAUGGCUAUCCAAAACUCAACCGAAAAAAUGCUGCCUCUGAGUGACAUUUAUAAGUUCAUCAUGGACCGGUUUCCGUAUUAUCGAGAGAAUACUCAACGAUGGCAGAAUUCCCUGCGACACAACCUGUCCUUUAACGACUGCUUUAUCAAGAUACCUCGGCGGCCCGAUCAGCCCGGGAAAGGCAGCUUCUGGGCUCUCCACCCGGACUGCGGUGACAUGUUUGAGAACGGCAGCUUCCUGAGGAGACGAAAGCGCUUCAAAAUACUUCGGGCUGAGCAAAUGGCCUGCAAGAGCUCCCCGAUGAUGCAUUACUUUCACCAUCACCACCACCACCCGGGCAGCAAGCUGGGCACAGCAUCCGGCCAUCAUGAGCACCAAGCCGGCCCGGCAAGCACUGUGGGUCGGCUCCCACACUUUCAGGGUUAUGGGGGCAUUACGUGCGCACAGUCCGGCGGGUUUAAACACCCAUUCGCCAUCGAGAACAUUAUAGGACGGGACUACAAGGGUGUGAUGGCCAGCGGGCUCCCCCUCACCUCAGUCAUGCAUCACCUGGGGUACCCGGUGCCCCCUCAGCUCAGCAGCGUGGUCAACUCCAUGUGGCCGCAUGUCGGGAUGCUGUCAGAGUCCAUGGGUGGAGUGCACGUCCCCGGGUCAUCCGAGUAUGCACCCUUCAGUAUGUCAGCGAAGGGCCUGUACCACAAUGCCAACGGGCAAACCCUUCCUGCCGUACCUGUGCCAAUAAAACCCACCCCAUCCCUGGGGCCCGUGCCCAGUUUGACGGGAUUGCAGAGCGGCCCUUCCCAGCUUUGCUCACCGGUCUCAGUGAUGGAGAAAAGCGACUUGCUUGAAGGGAAAGGAAAUCCGCUACACCCGGCUCUUCUGCUGUCCUAA